AUGAGGGCUCUGGUGUCCACCUGCACCCGCUGCCCCCUCCUCAGCCUGGAAGUGGAGGGGACCAGACUGGCUGAGUGGCGUUCCAUCCCAGGAAGCCAGGACUCGGGCCGCCUCACGAGCGGCUCUCUGACUCCACAGCCCAAUGGGGAAGCCAUGUUUGUCUUAAAGCCCCAGAGCGGAGCUGUUUGUCUGGACCUCCGCCCCUGCCAGCUUCCGUUCCCGUCCACGGUGCAGCAGCACAGCUCCGUGUCCUCCCAGACCUCCUCCGUCAGCGGGCCGCUGCACUCCGUCUCCCUGCCGCUUCCACUCCCUGUGGCCCUGGCGGCUCUGCCGCCCCCGCUGGCCGCCUCCCCCAGCCAGCAGCUUUUUGAAAAGGAACUUCAGAGGAUUUCGGAAGCCUAUGAAAGUCUGGUCAAGUCCACCACCAAGCGAGAGUCGCUGGACAAGGCCAUGAGGAGCAAGCUGGAGGGAGAGAUCAGAAGACUGCACGACUUCAACAGAGACCUCCGAGAUCGACUGGAGACCGCCAACAGGCAGCUCUCCGGCAGGGACUACGACAUGUCCGAGGACAAAGCUGCGGAGGGACAUUACGCUUCCCAGAACAAAGAAUUCCUGAAGGAAAAGGAGAAGCUAGAGAUGGAGUUGGCGGCGGUGCGCACGGCGGGUGAGGCCCACCGGAGACACAUUGAGAUCCUGGACCAGGCCCUGAGCAACGCCCAGGCCAGGGUCAUCAAGCUGGAGGAGGAGCUACGAGAGAAGCAGGCGCACGUCGAGAAGGUGGAGAAGCUCCAGCAGGCCCUGACCCAGCUGCAGUCGGCGUGUGAGAAGCGGGAGCAGAUGGAGCGGAGGCUGCGGGCCUGGCUGGAGCGAGAGCUGGACGCCCUGAGAGCCCAGCAGAAGCACGGCAGCGGCCCGCCGGCCAGCGUGCCGGAACACAGCGCCCCGGCCCUCCUGGAGCUGGUGCGGGAGAAGGAGGAGCGCAUCCUCGCCCUGGAGGCCGACAUGACCCGGUGGGAGCAGAAGUACCUGGAGGAGAGCGCCAUCCGGCACUUCGCCAUGAACGCCGCCGCCACCGCUGCGGCCGAGAGGGACACCGUGGCCGCCAGCCACUCGCGGAACGGCAGCUAUGGCGAGAGCUCCCUGGAGGCCCACGUCUGGCAGGAGGAGGAGGAGGUGGUGCAGGCCAGCAGGCGGUGUCAGGACAUGGAGUGCACCAUCAAAAAUCUCCAUGCCAAAAUCAUCGAGAAGGACGCCAUGAUUAAGGUCCUCCAGCAGCGGUCCCGCAAAGAUGCCGGGAAGGCCGACGCCGCCAGCCUGCGGCCCGCCCGCUCGGUCCCGUCCAUCGCCGCGGCCACCGGGACCCACUACCGCCAGACCUCUCUCACCAGCAGCCAGCUGGCCGAAGAAAAGAAGGAGGAGAGGACCUGGAAGGGGAGCAUAGGACUGCUGCUGGGGAAGGAGCGCGCUGAGCACGCCUCGGCCCCCCUGCCACCUCCGCCUGCCUCCGCGCUGUCCCCCGUGGCCCCCGCCCCAGCCGCCGGCAGCGCCCACGCCAAGACCGGCAGCAAGGACAGCAGCACCCAGACGGACAAGAGCGCCGAGCUCUUCUGGCCCGGCGUGGCCUCCCUCCCUGGCCGCGGCCGGCUGAGCACGACCCCCGCCCCCAGCCCCAUCCUGAAACACUCGGCAGCCAGAGGCACCGCGGACAAGCUGGAGAACUCUCCUGGCCACGGGAAGCCUGAGCCCCGAGGCCGAGUCAGCAGCCUGCUGCCCAAGCCCGAAUUCCCCGACGGGGAGAUGGUGGAGGUCCUCAUCUAG